AUGGUUCAAUUGCCGGAGGCCAUAAAUUCAAUGUUCGACUGGUACAGGAAAGCAGCUCGGUGUUACGCGUACCUGUCUGAUGUCUCUAGCCAGCCUCUCAGCUCCGAUCAAGACAGCUCCACCAACACCGCGCUCCAGGUCUCGGGGACGAAGACGCAUUCGGUUCAAGUCGAUGGUUUACCCGCGGCUGGACAUUGCAGGAGCUUCUUGCCCCAGCUUCUGCCCAGUUUUUUUUCCGAAAACGGUAGUCUGUUAGGGACCGAGGCCACCCUUUCACGAUUGGUAAGUGACAUCGAAGGCAUCAGUCGAAGGGCUCUACAUGGACGCCUCUUCUCCGACUUCGAUGUCGAGACACGGUUCGCUUGGGCCAUGAAUCGUGACCCUUGGCGACAAGAAGACCAGGUAUACUGUCUCCUCGGUAACUUCGGCGUGCGGAUGAAGCCGCACUAUGGAAAGGGAAUGGAAAGCGCCAUUGUACGCUUGCGCAGGAAAAUUGACUGGUCGAAUGACAUACCACAAGAUUCAGAACUCGACGGAACGGAGCCUGCUUGGCUUCCGUACGUGCCACCAAAGAUGUGUCGGACUGAAUAUCUGAGCUUCAAGGUUCAGGUUCAAACGAAAUUCAAAGACAUAUAG